CGAAUGAUUGCAUCCAUGUCUCAAAGGGAGCAGGCCGCAACACAUUCAAUCAGCAUUGCCACAAAAACGCCACUCACUCGUGAGGCCCCUUCUUUGCCUGACACAGUUGUGCCAGCCGACUCACUCGCCUCGCCCGCUCAUCUCUAUCCCCAUCGACAGCCCCAUCCCCACCCUCCAGCUUCCGCUGCUUCCUCGACGCCCGUCCUGCGCCGCCCUCCUCGAUAUCAUCGUCUUGUGGCUGGUCUGACGGGCCCUUGGAGCCCACAAUCAUGACAUCGUCAUCGUCGUCAGCGUCAUUCUCUCCCGUCUGUCGACCACCAGUGCCAUCGUCCUCCUGCCCUUCGUCACUCUCGCGCUUCACGCCCCGCCGCCUGGCCGACACGGGCGGCAGCAGCGGUACCUCUCGCGGUCCCAUUGACGCGCCUCCCUCGUCGCCAUCAUCCUCUCUCCCCGUGUGUGUCCGCGCGUGCCGCUGCCGCUCGCGCGCCACGUCGAGUGCGUUGGCAUACGCCAUGCGCUUGGCGAGAUCUUCGAGGGCCGCCUGCCAGUCUGAUGGGGGGCUGGUGCUGCCGGCCGAUGCUGCAGCUGCUGCAGCGGUGGAUGGGUGGGGAGGGUGGUGGGAGCCAGGGGCGUUGCGAGUCGCCUGAAUGCACGACAGUGAGUGUCAGGAUGAUGGUCGGCUUGUGCACUGAUGGUGUACCAGGGCCCUGCAGAGAGCUUCUACGCCAUCCUCUGCCCUUCUGGUGCUGAUGCCGAUGUCUGCGGCCUUCUCGUAUAGUCUCCUCAGCCGUCCAGCGGUGAGGGCGACCACCGGUGGCACCGCUUCGAACGACGUGAGGGACCUGACCAACAUCAAAGAGACACGAUCUGUGUUAGUGUGCGUCGUCAUGGCUGCCUGCCUGGGUGCCGUGUUGUGUUGUGUUGUGUUGUGUUGCAACCUUGUGAAUGGCUGCAUUGGCGGCAGGGGUGCCUCGCCAGAUGUGCGACGCCAAGCGAACACGGCAACCAGAGGAGAAUCUGCGCAUGAGCAGGAUGACACAGUGACACAGGAAGAACAGGUAGACCAUUUCGACGCUCCACCCCCCACCCAUCCGCUCACCUAGGUUUGGAAGGUGUCUGAGUGUUUGUCGUGUGGGUAUGUCCCAUAUCCGCAGCCCAUCGCCGGCGCACGACACCAGCCGACUCCCGUCGACAUUCACACUCACGCCGGCCACCGGACCCCUAUAGCCAAGCAACCAACACGUACACUCAGAGAUAUCGCUUGCCGCAUCCAUUGCAUUCACCAUCCCCACUUACUGGUGUCCGAUAAAGCUCCGCUGCCACUCCCCCUUGCCGCUCUCGACGGUCAACAGACCGCUGCCAGGUUUCCGGCGGUCCAGUGGGCCGCCAGCCUGCCUCAUUCUAGACGCCGAUAGGGCAUAGACUUCACCGUUGGCCGCGCCGCAAAAUACAUCAUCGUUGGCCGGACUCUGCAAGCAAGGGACCAGGGAAAAAGUCGCUGAGCGAUAGCUGGCUGGUGUAGCGGUGUGCUGACCACGGCGAGGGCAUUGACGACAGCUGGGAAGAGGAUGGCUGCUAUGGAGCUCUCUGAGCCCAUCGCUUCGACACGACCGCCUCGCAUGUCGCCACCUAAUCGCCACAACUGACACACACGCGGACGGAAUGUGUUUUCCUGUCGACAUGGCGAUCUUGCUUCCUGUUCACCCUGACGGUCCUGUCAGCCGAUGCAGAUGCGACAAAGCCCUCCAGGCCACCACCAGACACAGACACCUGAAUAAGCCAGCCCAUCGCACGCUCAUCGGUACGCUUCGAAACCGUAGCAGCUCUUUCCUGGUCUGCUCACUGACGGCAGUGACGGCCUGUGUGUGACUCGUCCAUAGCUUGUGCUGUGUCGCGGGAUCAUAGCCCUCGCCCAACGACGCGCCAGCGGCCCGUGUACCCCCGGACGGCUGGAACAACCUGCACGCAGCGACACAAGGCAUGUGUGCAUCUGCUGUCGCGCAUGGGAGCGCGUGUGCGUACUCAGGGAGCAGGUACACGUGCAGAUGGCCGUCACUCGCGGCAGUGAUCAGGGCAGCGUCGUCACUCGUCAGCCCAGUAAAUGUGACGGCGCCCCCAUGGCCCCGCCAUGCCCGCAACAGACAUCCACUGGCCACCUGACACACGCGCACACGUAACAUUUCUCCUUGCCGACAUCACUCCCUGACAUCCUGUGUACCUGCCAGACGUACAUCAUGCCCGACUGCGCCCCUGCGAAGCACAGGUGUGCGUCGGCCGAGAACGUGAGGGCCGUCAUGACCUCCGGCAAGCUGAUCCGAUAGCAUGGGGUGUCCCGGGAGAACUGCCACACGUGCAGCAGGGCUUUGCCGGCCUGCGCAGCGGCGAAGUAGCAAGAACUCUGGCCCACGCGGCUGACACAGCUGCCACGAUUGAUGGAAUCCUGAUGCCAAACCACAGAUGCAAUGGAUGGAUGGAUGAGUGUAUUGAAGCAGAGCUUGUGGUUUUGCCCACCUUGAAGUUUCCGAGGAUGGCCCCCGAGUGAAUGUCGAUUCGGAGAAAGCCGUUGCGGUCCGUGGCCGCCCAGAUCUCCUCCAUCGCCUCAGAUCAGCGCCUCCAAACAGACCAACUCAUCAAAGGCAGGUGAAUGACUCGGGAUGCGGUAGGGAGGCUCUGGAUGGUCUCCCCAAG